UCCUCCAAUUGUUAUUAAAGAAAAUUUGCCUCUGCAUCGACUAAGAAUGGUAGAAGCAAGAUGCAGUAGGUCUAAGAUAUCCGUGUAUUUCAAAGUGAAUAUUAUAUCAUAAUUAUACUUUAUUAACUACGAAAUAGCUUGCUGAUAUAGCUGGAAGUACCAACGAGGAUUUCUCGCUUCUACGAAGCUUAAAUACCCAACGACUGCGCAAUCAUGAAAAUCGCCGUGAUCGGCGCCGGAGGCGCGGGACUUGCUGCACUCCGGCAUUGCGUUUCCGGUACUUACGGCGAUCAGGUGGUAUGCUACGAAAAAACAGACCAAAUCGGCGGGACCUGGGUCUAUCGAGAGCAAACUGGUUUCGAUAGAUACGGUUUACCGAUUCACACUAGCAUGUACAAGAGCCUCAGAGCUAAUUUACCGAAGGAAGUAAUGGGCUAUCCAGAUUUUCUGAUACCAGAUGGACCCGUGAGCUAUCUGACGCGCACGCAGAUGCUGGAUUUCUUGAAUUCAUACUGUGAUCAUUUUAAGCUACGUCCUUAUAUUCGGCUGCUGCAUCAUGUAGAGCUGGUGGAGCCAAUCGCGGGGGACCGAAAGUGGUCGGUCAAGGUCAGGGACUUGCAGAAUGACGCGGUUGUGAUCGAGUCGUUCGAUGCAGUCAUGGUGUGCAACGGCCAUUAUUUUGAGCCCAAGAUCCCGAACAUACCUGGCCAGAACAUCUUUACGGGCAAACAGAUACACAGCCACGAUUACAGAGUUCCCGACUACUUCAACGACAAGAAUGUCGUUGUCUUGGGAGCUGGUCCUUCCGGUAUGGAUUUGUCGUUGGAAAUAUCCAGGAAUGCGAAUCGCGUGAUUUUGAGUCAUCACGUGACCGAGACCAUCGGCACCGUAUUCCCCGAGAAUGUCGUGCAGAAAGGUGACGUGGUGGAAUUGACGGAACGCGAGGCGGUUUUUGCGGAUGGGACGAAGGAGCAGGUUGAUAUCGUCUUCUAUUGUACAGGCUACAAGUACAGCUUCCCCUUUCUCGCCGAGUCCUGUGGAGUCCGAGUGGAUUCCAACAUGGUCACGCCCCUUUGGAAGCAUCUCGUGUCCAUAGAGAACCCUACUUUGGCAUUGAUUGGCAUUCCAUUCUACGUUUGCGCCUUCAGUAUGUUUGAUUUGCAGGUGCGAUUCGUCCUACGACACUGGCACGGCGAGAGGCAGUUUCCCGCGCGAGCGGAUAUGCUACGCUCCGAGGCGGAGGAAGCAGCAAAACGUGCCGAGAAAGGCCUGAAGAAGCAACACUUUCACAUGAUGGGCCCUGAACAGGAGCACUAUUACAAUGACCUGGCGAAUGUCGCGGGGAUUACGACGCUACGGCCGGUGAUGACGAAACUUCAUAACGAGAGCUCGAUGCGCUUCAUAGAAGACCUGGUGCACUUUCGGCAGGACCGUUUCAAGAUCAUCGAUGAUUACAAUUUUGUUAAAUUUUAACAUCGAAACGGCA